AAAAUCACUUUAAUGUCGUCUAUUGAAUUUCGAAUUUAGCCAAGAAAGUGAUAACUAAUGAAAUAAAAAAUAAAAGUGUUUAAGAUAUCGCAAAAAAAAAAAGAAAUAAAUAAAAAUGAAAAAUCUUAAUAAUUUAAAAUUUGAAGCCAAAGAAGAUGACAACAGUUAUCCGGUUAAAAGUGGCGAUUGUGUGGACUUAAAUAUCGAUAUUAUCGAUGACAAAUAUACUAAAGCCAAAGAACCUCAUUGGUUUUUCAGGCGAGUCUUCAUUUUGACCUGGAUACGUUUGUAUGAUCGUGAGAAGGCCAUAGCCGAUUUAAUUGCCGGCAUCACUUUGGGUUUAACCAUUAUACCACAGAGUAUUGCUUAUGCUGCCUUGGCGGGUUUGUCUUCCGAAUAUGGUUUAUAUACGGCAUUUAUAGGCUCUAUAAUUUAUGUUUUCUUUGGCACUAUACCUCAAGUAUCUAUUGGACCGACCAGUUUAAUGGCAUUAUUGGUUCUUCAAUAUUGUUCGGAUAAACCGGUAGAAUUUGUAAUAGUUUUGGCUUUUCUAGCGGGUCUAGUUGAGCUGCUAAUGGGUAUUUUCCGUUUAGGUUUUAUUGUUAGUUUUAUACCUUCUCCCGUCACUAAAGCUUUCACCACAGGCACAUCUUUAAUUGUAACCUUGGUGCAACUUAAGAAUUUGUUGGGCAUUCGCAUCAAGGGUGUACCAACACCUAUUCAAAUCUGGGAAGGUAUAAACAUACCCGAUGCCACCGUAGGCAUAAUAUGUUUAAUUGUUUUACUGUCAUUAAGACAACUUUCCAAUGUAACUUUCAAAAAACAAAGUGACAGCACCCGUCGUUUAAAAAAGACAUUAUGGUACAUUAGCAUUUCGCGUAAUGCCUUUGUGGUUUUCUUCUGCGGCCUUAUAGCUUACUUGUGGAUCCAUAAAAGUUCUUUGCAGGCAGUGCCUUUCUCUUUGUCCUCGAAAGUUCAAUCGGGUAUGCCUAGCAUACAUUUGCCACCAUUUGCUUUCGAACAUAAUAACAGAACGUAUGUCUUUACCGAUAUCUGCCGGGAAUUGGGCAGUGCUAUUAUAGUGGUGCCCAUAGUGGCUGUAUUGGCCAAUGUGGCCAUAGCUAAGGCUUUUGUUAAGGAUGGUCAAUUGGAUGCCUCACAGGAAAUGUUAACUCUGGGACUGUGCAAUUUGGCUGGUUCCUUCUUCAGUGCUAUGCCCACUUGUGGUGCUUUUACACGCUCGGCUGUAAGUCAGGCAAGUGGUGUAAGAACUCCCAUGGCUGGCAUUUAUACUGGUAUUAUAGUGCUUUCUGCCUUAUCCAUUUUGACACCCUAUUUCCAGUACAUACCGAAAUCAUCCUUGUCAGCUGUUCUUAUAGCUGCUGUUAUAUUUAUGGUGGACUUUGAACCCAUGAAAACUUUAUGGAAAACCAACAAAAAAGAUUUCUUAAGUUGGUCUGGUUGUUUGAUCGUUUGCUUAUUGGCUGGCGUAGAAAUGGGUCUGUUAUAUGGCAUUGUUGUUAACAUGAUAUUUGUACUACUAAGAUUGGGUAAUCCAAAGUUGGAAGUUGGCUUGAAAAGGUGCGACAACCUGACAUAUGUUUACAUCCAACCACAAUCAGACAUUUACUUUGCCGGUGUAGAGCACUUACGUACCGAAAUUCGAGCCGCCUGUUCUUUAUAUAGAAAUGAUUUUCCCAUCGUGGUCGACUGUUCGCGUUUUAUGCUCUUCGAUGCCACCUUCAUUGAAAUGAUCAAUGCCGUAGCCAAAGAUCUAAAAGAGAAUGAAGUCAUGUUGAUUUUGCAGUUGUUGAGUCUGAAACAGCAACGUUUAUUGCCCAUUAACUCGAAUAUUAGAUAUGUAAAUGAAAGAAUCAUAACGGUGGCUGACCUAAUGCCAAAUAAGGAGACAACAACGACAUAAAAUUCCCAAACAAA